GCUAGCUUAAUUGGACUUCCAGCUGCUCCAGUGUUUGCUAGCCUUAGCGAUUUAGCAUCGAACUACCAUAAUUCUGCACAUUAGUUCUGAAAGUCAUCAAAUCUUACCUUUAUGUAUCCCCACAUAAUAUCAACAUUCGGGUGCAAGUGUGAGGUCAAGGAAAAAGAGGGGAAAUACAUCCAAAUACAUCCAUUCAGCCCUCUUUGCAUUGGAGAACGCUCACUUUAGGGAAGAAGCGAGGCUGGAUUGUGCGGCUUUCCGUUUUACAGAAUACAAAUGGACAACAGAAUUCAAGGUGGUAAAGCAUACGGCAUCCUGAAGUCUCACCAAGAGGACAAACUGAACACAAUCAAUGAGGCUUUUUUGUCUGAUGACCAGUAUGCAGAAGUGGAAGACCUCGCCUUCAAGCUUGACACGUUUAAAAAGAAAUACAUGGAGUUUGAUCUGAAUGACAAAGGCGACAUAGACAUGAUGGGGUUAAAACGAAUGCUGGAGAAACUCGGGGUGGCCAAGACUCACUUGGAGCUGAAAAAGAUGAUGUCAGAAGUGGCGGGAGGACCAUCCAAAGAAACCAUCAGCUACAGCGAUUUCUUAACAAUGAUGCUGGGGCAAAGGAACGCUAUUCUAAAACUGAUCCUGAUGUUUGAAGGCAUGAGCAAGGAAGAGGAGAGAAGAGAUGUCGGACCACCUGCUCGGAAAACCUUCUCAGAACUACCCUGAAGACAUUCAGAGCAUAAAUAUCACUCUGUACAUGUUUUGUAGUGAUUGUAGUUUUCAAUUCUUCAUUAGUUCCUCAGUAACCACUCUAAAUGUAUGUGUCUUAGCCAUUAGUUCCUCUGUAACUACUCUAAAUAUAUGUGCUUUUGUCAUUUGUUCCUCAGUAACUACUCUCAAUUUAUGUGCCUUAGUCAUUAGUUCCUCAGUAACUACUCUAUUCAUUAGUUAUUCAGUAACUACUCAAAAUAUAUGUGCCUUCGUCAUUAGUUCCUCAGUAACUACUCUAAAUGUAUGUGCCUUAGCCAUUUGUUCCUUGGUAACUACUCUAAAUAUAUGUGCCUUUGUCAUUUGUUCCUCGGUAACUACUCUAAAUAUAUGUGCCUUUGUCAUUUGUUCCACAGUAACUACUCUCAAUUUAUGUGCCUUAGCCAUUAGUUCCUUGGUAACUACUCUAAAUAUAUGUGCCUUUGUCAUUUGUUCCUCUGUAACUACUUUAAAUAUAUGUGCCUUUGUCAUUUGUUCCACAGUAACUACUCUCAAUUUAUGUGCCUUAGCCAUUAGUUCCUUGGUAACUACUCUAAAUAUAUGUGCCUUUGUCAUUUGUUCCUCUGUAACUACUCUCAAUUGAGGCGCCUUUGUCAUUAGUUCCUCAGUAACUACUCUCAAUUUAUGCGCCUUUGUCAUUAGUUCCUCAGUAACUACUCUAUUCAUUAGUUAUUCAGUAACUACUCAAAAUAUAUGUGCCUUAGUCAUUUGUUCCUCAGUAACCACUCUAAAUGUAUGUUUCUUAGCCAUUAGUUCCUCGGUAACUACUCUAAAUGUAUGUGCCUUUGUCAUUUAAUCCUCGGUAACUACUCUCAAUUGAUGUGCCUUUGUUCCUCAGUAACUACUCUCAAUGUAUGUGCCUUAGUCAUUAGUUCCUCAGUAACUACUCCAAAUGUAUAUGCUUUAGUUCCUCUGUAGCUACUU